CCUUCGGCGGAGAUUAUCUGGGCGCAGUGCGCGUCUCUGCCCGUGGGCGAGCGCGUCUGUAGGAGGGAGGGAAGGAGGGCUUAGCGUUUUCGCGGCUGGCGGCGCGGGCUCUCUGUAGUGCCGCGUACGGGACGAGGCGGUAGGCUGUCUCUGCGCGCCCGCGGGACCGCUGUGGGAGUCGCCGUCGCCACUCCUGAAUACCUCAGCUGAAGGGGAUUCGGGGGUUUUUUUUUUUCCUCUCUUUCUCUGACUUUUUUCCCUGGUUCUCUUUCUCUCCCCCUUCCCCUCUCUCCCUCUGAUUCUCUCUCUCUCACUCUCUUUCUCUCUCUCUCUCUCUCUCUCACACACACACGCACACACAUACAGAUACAUACACAGGCACUCACACACACCCACACAACCCACACAUACACACACACACACACACACGCUCCUGUGAUAGCACUGAACCCAGAGAGCUCUUUUGGAACUGGGGGGGUGGGGGAAGGUGGGCCCUCUGAUUUGGUGAAAGACGCAGAAAAAGUGAUUAAAGUUUUUUUUUUUUCUCGGCGCGCGGGCAGCGAAGCGAAGCGACCGACCGGCGGCUGGAGGAGGGUAAAAUGGCUGGAGCCGUACGGCGGACCGCAGGAUGAAGCGUCCGGGAAGUUUUCUGGAAGUCUCUCUCUCCGAUCGUUUGUUCCGGGAGCCUUUUCACCGGGCGAGACCAAUCACUUCCCUCGAUUCCGAGGCUGAGCCGCGUCUGACUGGGGGAGCGGGGCGAGCGCAAACCCCUCUAUUAGGACCUGAUAUAUUAUCCAAACAAUUUAGUGUAUUCAUGAGGUUACGCAAAUGUGGAGGCCUCGAAAAUUACCGUAAUCAAUUGAAAACAGCAAGUGUGCGUCCGUCCGCGGCUCUGAUUAUUUGGAGAUCAUCUAUCAACUAGAUGUGUAUGUAAUAAGGCAAGGGCAUUAAAUCGCUCUUGAGUUGCAGUGGUAAGUCCAUGAUCAUUGGGCAAGUGAGUUUGGACAGCAAUAAUAGGGCAUCUAGACAGAUGAGGCGAACAUCUCCCCCUCGCAUUAGGUAUCUGACUUUGUGUCUAAAAGGUGCUGUUUAUAAGGAGCGACUGAUUCACUGAGACAGCACAACCUUCGCAAUACUCUCGUUUUUGUCCUUUUCUUGACCUGCGGGAAGAAAAAAAAAAAAAAAAAGAAGAAGAAGAAGAGUUGAAAAAAGACGAACAGGCGCUUCUUUAAGGGGUAAGUGAGGUAUGGAGGUCCGAUACAAUCAGGAGACCGAGGCGGGGAUGGUGCUGAAGAACGGACUUAAGGAUGGGAAAGAGGGCAAGGAUUCCCAGGGCAGCCUUUCCAAAUCCUUUCUGAAGGAGCAGCAGGAGUCCUUCUCCGCCGCCGGGACGGUGGAGAGCUGCGAGAAGAGCCGGGCGAACUCGGGGGACCCGGACUACUGCCGGAGGAUCCUCGUCCGAGAUGCCAAGGGGUCCAUCCGAGAGAUAAUCCUGCCGAAAGGGCUGGACCUGGACCGGCCCAAGCGGACCAGGACCUCCUUCACCGCCGAGCAGCUGUACCGGCUGGAGAUGGAGUUCCAGAGGUGCCAGUACGUUGUGGGGAGGGAGCGCACGGAGCUUGCCCGACAACUGAAUCUGUCAGAAACUCAGGUAAAGGUCUGGUUCCAGAACCGGCGCACGAAGCAGAAGAAGGACCAGGGCAAGGACUCCGAGCUGCGGUCGGUGGUUUCGGAGACGGCGGCCACGUGCAGCGUCCUGAGACUGCUGGAGCAGGGGCGCCUCCUGACCCCGCCGGGCCUCCCGGGGCUGCUGCCCCACUGCGGCGGCGGCGGCGGCGGCGGCGGCGGCGCCCUGGGCUCCGGCCUGCGCGGGCCCUCCAUGGGCAUCAUCGCCAACAACGGCAGCAGCAGCAGCAGCAGCUCGGGGACUGGCGGCAGCCCGCCGUUGCCCGCGGCGACCAGCUCGGGGCCCGCCGCCGCGGUGCUCCCGGGCUCCACGCCCACCCACGGCCUCUUCAGCUUCCCCAUGCCCUCCCUCCUGGGCAGCGUGGCCACCCGGAUAUCCUCCAACCCCCUCUCCAUGGCGGGCUCCCUGGCCGGAAACCUGCAGGAGCUGUCAGCCCGCUACCUGAGCUCCUCCGCGUUCGAACCUUACUCCCGGACCAACAGCAAGGAGGCCAUGGACAAGAAAGUUCUGGAAUGAUCUUUUCUCUUUAAAAAAAAAAAAAAAAAAAAAAAAAAAAAUCUUUUUAUUUUUUAUUUUUUAAAUUUCACCGUUCUUGUUUUGUUUGUCCUUCGGUUUUGCCUUCUCCUUUCAGUGUCUGUGCCGUGGUUUAAUCAUUUUGUUACUGUUUCAGUGUACAACUGCACACCGAUGCCUCUCAGACAGUGAAGAGAAAAACAAAGACAUCUAUUCUUAUAUUUUGGUAACAGGGUGAUUUUUCCAAGCUUUUUGCACUAAAUCAAAAGUUUCGUUGCCCUGCGUUAAUUUUAACACAAAACCGCUUGAAAAAGCAAACUACCAAGAGAUUAUAAAGGUAUGGAAAAGAGGAAUUAAAUGUUUUCAGUUAACUGUAGUUUUUUUUUUUUUAGUGUUUCUUAUUUGGAAAAGACUGGGCGAAAUAUGAAUAGUAAAAGAAAAAAGCUUAAAAAUAUGCCUGUUUCUGUUCUGUUUGUCAUCAUUGGUCAUGAGCUGCAGGGGGAAAAUGACACCUGCCUGUCGAACGACUCACGGUGUUAUAUUGGCUUUUUUUUUGUUUGUUUUUGUUUUUAGCGUGUUUCAUGUUUUAAACGAACUAACACCACAAAUGUACAUAGAGGUAGCAGGCCAGCAAACCUGUGAAACCCAGGUCUCAGUGCUGUUGAUUUGCAGGAGAGUUGGUAAGAACUCGAAAAUGGAGCCGCUCUUAUUGAACUUUAUGAAUUACAGGAAAAAGCUUAUUUUUCUAAUAACCCUGCGAGUCCUGAGUGGGAAUUUGAUAUCCCCGUCAGCGGGUUCCUCGCUACACGGUAGUUUAACGGUGGUCAGUUGUUAUUUUUCAUCAAGUUAUCUGACCAAACAAAAGAAGAAUGUUGUCAUAUGAUGGUUAAACUGUUUGGUGUUUUGUUACAUUUUCAAUGGUUUGUGAGGGUUCUCAGAAUAUAAUUUCAAAACUAAAUCUGUGACCUUUAUGUCCUAAAGAUGCAGUAUUUUACUUUGAUUGUCUGUGAUUAUGAUACUAGACUUGUAGUCCUGAUUGCCAUGUAGAGGAAACGUUUUGGAAUAAGCUUCAGCCACUUUCAGCCCUAGCUGGAAUGGAACGGAAGGCUGACGUAGUGUAAAGUUUUAGAACUUUUUCCCGCUGCUCACAAAAUUGUCCAAGUUACAUGGUGCAAAAUCACACUUUCUUUUGAAGGCAUAAUUGUAACCAAUGCAAAGUAUGAUUUUUUUUUUUUUUGAAGAAUUACAAUCCUUUUACAAGAUGUACAUUUCUUAAAGCUCUGUACCAUUUGUUCUGGGUCAGGAACAUAAAAGAAGCAAGUACAAUGAAAGUAAAAUUAUUGUAGUAUAAAGAGAAAGACAAAUGAGAGUUGUUAUUUUAUUGUAAAUUAUUCAUGUCUGUAAUUAAUAGAUAAUUAGUAUAUCAGCGCAAUGAUGAAAGAAUGAAUGCAAAGGUGGGUCAUGAAUCAAAACAAAGCUCUUGGUGCUGUCGUCGUGAAAUAUCUUGAACAUUGUGACAAUGUGGUUUGAGUGUGGAUAUAUAUUAUAUAUAUAUGACUAAACGAAAAAGUGUCUUUUUUUCAUUGCUUGCUUUCCGACGUUUCCGUACGUCGGCAGUGAUCGCUGUAACUUUAUUCAGCUAAAAGCCAGGAGGAGCAUUUUAUGUUGUGGUAAAUUGCAAUGUGAAGAGAAAAAAAAAAACAUUUCAUGAGGAGAAGAAAGGAAUUUUUUGGCGGAUUAGUCACUUCGCUGAAGGUACAUUGUGUCGAGAAGGUCUUCGGAUGGCGUUGGAAUCCGUAAUCGCAUGGCCAUUUUCCAUUUCGCUUGUCGUUUGUCUUCUCGCGAAAGAUUUUCGCAGCGUUUUCCGACGUAAUUUAAGAGGAAGAAAAGGCGUCUGCAAAACGCAAUCAUGUCAGAGGAGUAAUGGCGGGAAAAUGGUCUGCCGGUCCGGUGCGUUGUAUGUACGCCCCCAUGGCCACGGCCUGCGCGGACCUGUAAGGCCAGAAUUCAUCAACUGCCAUAAUUUCAAAAAGUUCGGUUACAGUAGCGCGAAGUGAAGGGGGUAACUGUAAUGAGGGACGUCGAAAAAAGUGGCCUUGAAAAGUGAAAAACAAAUAAUAGAGGGACGUUUUUUAUGAGCCAGCAUUGCGAAAAAGACCAAGGAACGGGGACUUCCCCUUUUCGUACGCGUUAUCGCCCUGAGGUAUGAAGGCGUUCCUUGGUGCGAACGGCGUUAACUAUACUAGUCGGACGUCGAACAUAAAGGAAGCUACAAACGAAGGAAUCCUGGAAGAAGCGUAGCGUGGCAAAGCUGAAUGCCGUCCGCUUGAAUGGCAGCUUUAGCACCUGUGACACUGCGGGCUCGGUGACCAGAGAAGUCUUUCAAAUUUUGGCUAAUAACGUGGCCCCUUUGGCUGACUCUGUGAGGGAAUUCUAUGUGCUGAUGGUGAUUAGCUUUCCUGAAAAGGUUGAUAGUUUCAUUAAUUAAACGUUGUCCUCAAAGGCAGAUGUGUCUGUGUCCUGCAAGGUCGUUACAAAUCAUUAAAAUAAUUAAGGUGAAACAUUUACUUUCGAGAAUAUGAAAAGCAUCGUUGUCAAAGAAUAUGACCACCCACUUAUGAAAGCCUCCAAAUGCUGUUGAUAAUGGAGCAUUUUCAAGUAAUACUUUUGCAUAGGGAACUCUGUUUCAACUUUUGAGUACAUCCUGAAGCUAUUAGGUCUUACCUCUUUGUGUAAAAAAAAAAAAAGUUUUAUUGCCCUGUUUUUGAUAAGUAUUGUUUAUGUAGAAUAUUGAUUUGGCAA